CUCUAGCUUGUGUCGGCCCAAACAAACAAAACCUCACUGUAAAAACCUGCAAAUAGCAAGAAAGGAUCAAAAUUUGUUUUUCUCAAAUCAAGCCCAUUCCUACACACGUAAUUUCCUCAACAAUUGCAUUUUGUCAUCGCGAGCUAAUAGAUCUUCUGGAAUCUCUUGAUCCCCCUUCUUUCCCCCGUCGUCGACGAAUCCGGGGUUUCGAGAAUCGAUGGAUCUCGAGGUGGUUGGCCGCCAUGCUUUGCUCUUCGAUGACGACGCCAUGUCAGCGUUCGUGAACUCGAGCGAUGCUCUUGUUGAGUGGAACUCCCUCUCGAUCGAUCGCUACGACGUCCGCCACCUGCUCCCUGGCCCUCUUCCACCGCGUCUCAAGCGCCAUGCUAUUCAUCACCCCGAUGCUGCUUCUUCGUCUCUCGAGGCGGAUCUGGACUAUGAACGUUAUCUUGAUCUGCCUUCACCUACCAAGGAACAAGAGCAAGAUACGCAGGAUGCAAUGUAAUUUGCUACAGUUCCUCUGUCAGAAUACAAACACUGAUACUGAGCUGAUGGUCUCGCGUGGCUAUCAUGCUGUUGGAUUUUCAUACGGAAAUACCGAGAAGGCCAUUGAAACAAAGGACAAUGGUACGGACUCUGGUUUUCAUCUGCACUUCCCAGUGCCUGAGGGUUUACUUUCAAACCUGCCCCCAAAUGAGAAGGUGCAUCAGAUUAUUGCGAGAACUGCUAUGUUUGUCUGUAAACAUGGAGGCCAGUCAGAAAUUAUUCUGAGAGUGAAACAAGGAGAUAAUCCAACAUUUGGGUUUUUGAUGCCUGAUCAUCAUCUUCAUGCAUACUUCAGAUUUCUUGUUGAUCAUCAAGAACUUCUGAAACCUGGCAUUGAUGAUGGCAACUCAUCUGGAGACAAGAAUGAUAAUCAGGGGCUUGAUCAAACUGGUGGUGCAUUGUCUUUGCUAGGAUCUGUGUAUGGAUCUGGAGAUGAUGAUGAUGGAAUUGCUGAUAGAACUCCUGAAUUGAAAGGAAAUGAAUAUGAAGAAGUCUUCAGUGAUAUAAAAACAUGUUCUCAGGGAACAGAACAAGCUGAGCCUUCACCAGAUGAAGUCAAGAAGGAUGGAAGUACGUCCAAGAAUUCAAUAUCUACUUCAAAAGAGAAAGUUCCUGUCAUAAAGAGAAAUCAUUCUAUCAAUACUUUUAAGGCUGCAACUGCAGCUAAGGCAAAAAAGGUUGAUGCUUUGGGAUCACUGUCCAAUGCAGCAGACAAGUCGCUGACAACUUUGCCUGGUACAACCAAGGUUGAAAAACCAAUUGUGGAACCUCCAUCUGACUUAAAGAGAGUUAUUGAGAAGAUAGUAGAGUUCAUUUUAAAAAAUGGCAAGGAGUUUGAAUCUGUUCUUGCUGAACAGGACCGUGCUCAUGGACGGUUCCCAUUUCUGCUGCCAUCUAAUCAAUACCAUCCUUACUAUAUAAAAGUCCUCCAAACUGCUCAGGAGUCUAAGUCACUGGGCAAGGGUUUCCCCCUUGAAAAACAUGAUCCAGCCGGUCGCAUGGGGGACAACAGACCUGCACAUAAAGAAAGUGUCAAUCUUUCAGUUGGAUCAAUUGGUUCUGAUUUACCCUAUGACAUUGACCGGAAAGAGAAGUUCAAAAUGGUUAUUGGCAAAUCAAAGAAGGAUGGACAGGAACCAACGUCCAAAGACUCUCAGCCUCAUAUGGGAGUGAGCAUGGAUGCAGCAGCAGCAGCAGCUAUUCUUCAGGCUGCCACUAGGGGUAUUAAAAACCCGUCCUUAGAAAUUCUUACCAAAACCUCAAGUGGUAAUGGUCAAGGCCUUGGCAGUGAUGGUGGUCAUCUCUCUGGCCUUGGAAGUCUGCUUUCAUAUCAACCACCGAGUUCUGUUCAGAAGUCAAAGCAGAAUGCAGAGGCUAGUGUUUCUGUCCCUGUUGCCAAGGUUAUUGCAGAGACUGCUGCCAUUGCAGCAGCUGGUGAGGCAGACUCUUCUGAAGCAUCCAUGUCAAAAGAGCAGAAGCUUAAGGCAGAGAGGUUGAAACGAGCAAAAAUGUUUGCAGCCAUGAUCAAAAGUGGAGCUGCACCUCUGAAAAGUGAACCAGUUCGAGGUUUAUCAGCUGAUCCACCUGGAUCUGGGGUAUCUGGUUCAGGUGCUGAGAUUGGGAAUCUUGUUGGCAAAGAAAGGGAAGGAAGUUCUGUUCCACAGGAGGUUGAUAAUUCUGAUAAAAGUCCAAAGUCUGCGGAGAAACUUUUUGUUGACAAUACUGAACGGAGAUCAAAACGCAAGUAUCGCUCAAGAUCCAGUAGACAUGAAGAAGAGGAAGAGAAAGAAGAUAAAAAGGAUCACAAACGUUCCAAAAGAAAGCACCGGUCUCAUGGAUCAUCUCAUGGCAGCCGGGACAGGCAUAAGCACAAGAGAAGGCACUCUUUCUCUAAGGACAGGGAUUCCAAGCGAACUAAGCAUGAUAGCUCAUCUGAUGAUGAGUCUCAUCACUCUAGGGAUUAUCAUAAAUAUGAUAGUUCCGCUGAUGAAAAGCAUCAUUCUUCUCGACGAAGACGUAGAGAAAGUAACUCAUCCGAUGAUGAACAUGAGCAUUCUCGACAGCGGCGUCAAUGUAGUUCCUCUGAUGGUGAGCAUCGGCACCGACACAGAACUGGAAAGCAUAGGAGUAGAUCUCAAGCUGACAGAGACAGAGACUUAGAAGAGGGGGAGGUAAAUAUGAAACCUGACCAGUUAAGAGCGAUUGAGGAUCGAAGCACUAGCAGGGAAGCUUCUGUCGAUCUAUCCAAAUCAUAUCUCCGUUCAACGGAGCCAUCACAGCCAUCCGAAACCACUGAUGUUUCUGAUGAGCUUAGAGCCAAAAUCAGGGCCAUGUUGAUGGCCACCUUGUAAUGCUCUAGGCUGACAAUUGCAUUAUUAAUGAUAAUUUCAUCGUUGCAGUCGUCUGGAGGCUCUCACCCCCUCCCCUCUCCCCGUUUUUCACUUGCCUGUUUCGUUUCAUCUAUUCUAGUUUCCUUGUAUUUAGGGUUAACAUAAUUUGUUAUGGUUCUUGGAGGCGUCACAACUGGUGUGUGAUGAAAACUAAAGGAAACCAACCUCUACAUGUCAAGAUAACUGAAAAUGGUGAAUAAGAAAAAUUAGGAUUUUA